CCGUCAGUUCAGGUUGAGCGCUCGAGUUGGUCGGUUGUUGUCAGAAGCGCGGUUGUUGCCAUCGAGUCGAGAGUUGAAGAGGGGCUUCCAGUGAAAUCAGCGACCUGCGUUGUGUGAUAUGCUCUCAUCGUUUUCGUGAAGUGUAGUGAAAAGCCAAUUCGAAUCGGACAAGUCGCAGACAGAAGACACGAUAUACGAGACGUUCGAACAGAACACCUCGAGUGCCCAAGUACAGCAGUACACAGCCAAUAUAAUCCAGCCGACAACAAUCAACCAUAUAUUCCAGCAGCCAGCCAACACACGCAGCUACAAAAUGGAAUACCGGUGCUUAAGUAGAAGUUCUGUCAAACACCUAACGGCUCUCUGCGUCAUCAGCAUCGCACUCACAUUCACCUGCGCAAGCGCGGCAUUGUGGCCGAGUUAUAGUAGCGAUGAUGCGCCCCCAAGUCGCUGCGCCGGUGGGCGUGGCCUGAAGUACCUGUCCGGCGAUGCGCUCACGGACUCACCCGACUGCAUGGGACCGAAUAAUGCGCCAUAUCCGAGCGCGGCCGUGGCGCGCACAUUCUCCAACUGGAACGGAAACUCGCGACGUGGCCGCCAGAGCAAAUUGCCCAGCACACUGGAUCCCGCCAUAACCACCAGUGCUCUUUUGAGGGCCUACGACGAGGUGAACAACGAGGCCGUCGGAAGCAGUCGCUACGGUCGAUCGCUGAAGAACGCCACGCCGGCGCAACAGUGCAAGAGCGAAACGCCAGCGAGGCUCUGCAAGACCCGCUACAACACCACGGCGCCCAUGUACGGGGUUAGUCUAACCUCCGGACAGCCGGUGACCAUCGUCCAGAAGUUCCCCGAUCUCCUCCAGCAGGUGGUCUUCGAAGUGUGCGAAUCUUCGGAGUGCGAUGUGGUCCGGGGCGAGUGUACGCAAACCUAUGUGCCCUAUCUCUUCCUGGUCAUUCCCCUCGGACCGGUGACGCUGACUGGCCAGGAUUACGUGCUGGUGGAGAGCGGAUGUGUCUGCAAGCCCAAAUACUCGACGGGUGCCGCCCAGGAGCCCAAUAUGAUACCAUAGGAUACGAAGGAGGAGUCGGUAACCACCAGGAACACCAACAGCAACCAAAAGAACUGAGCGAGUUUUGGGUCGGAGCGGAGUGGAGCUGGUCUGAACUGGCUGGCUGGCUAAAUUAAUGUGUACUUAAAAAGAGGAAUUAUUUUUUGUAGCGAAAUCAAUUUUGCAAUGUUAUUUAAUGUUUUCCCCAUCUCUCAUUCUCCUUUCAUCCCCUUCAGCUGUAUAAAAUUGAAAUGCAAUUUUGCUCAAAAAAUAAUCAAAUCCUUAUGUUAAGUCUAAAUUUAAACGAAAUUGAAUUAAUGCCACCGUGCAUUUGUAGUGUGUAUUUAUUAGAACCCCUAAUUAUGGCAUUCAAAAAUGCAAAAUAAAAACAUUCGUUUCGAAAUGUGAA